CAACACAAAGCUAGUACCGGUGAUAUAUUUCCCCAAUAUCCAGCCCUAGCCCUCUCAAAAGAAAAUGAAAAAAAUCCAGCCCUAGCAUACCGAUGCGCGACGCCACAUUCCCGUCAACCAUGGCCGGCGCCGGCGCCCCCAAACCUAGAUCGACCUGACCUGUAACCGCUGCCUGCGUCCUUCCGCUUCCACGCCAUGGAGGAGGAGAGAUCGGACGAACCUCCGGCGGUGGCGGUCAGCCUCCUCACCGACGACCUCAUCAUGGAGAUCCUCUGCCGCGUCCCCGUGAAGUCUCUCCACCGCUUCAAGUGUGUCUCUAGAUCCUGGCGCGACCUCAUCGCCCACCCCGCCUACCGCAAGAAGCUGCCUCAGACACUUGCCGGCUUCUUCUACGAGAUCUCCUACUACGGCGGCGUCCGCCGAAACUACUUCGCCAGCAUCUCAGGUAGCGCAGCCACGGUCGACGUCGACCCUUCCCUCGCUUUCCUCCAACCCAUGGCGUACACGGACAUCAAACUGGUGGACACCCGCAAUGGCCUCCUUCUCUGCGCCUGCUACAACAAGGAAAACUCCUCCACAGAGCAUAAACUCCGGUUUGUCGUGUGCAAUCCUGCAACUCAGAGGUCGGUCAUGCUGCCCCCGCAGCCGCAGCCGCAGCAACACUAUGUGACGUGGCUGGCUUUUGAUCCGGCAGUCUCGUCACGCUUCCACGUUCUUAAUUUUGAGCAGUCUGAACAGGGAAAUUAUUACAUCACAGGAGUAAACAUCUACUCGUCGCAAACUGGGGUUUGGACUCAUAGGGACACUGGACUGGUUAAGGAAAUUGGACUGUUAUCUACAGGUGGAAGCGCCUUUCUUGGCGGUAUGCUGUACCUGCUUGGCCAGCUGAAUACACAAUCAAUCAACAUUGACCUGAGUUCGACUAUGGUGCUGGUGUCGGUCGACAUGGAGGGGAAGGCAUGGAAUUGGAUUAAUGUGCCAGAGGGGUGCUUCCACUAUGUUGGUACAAUUGGAUUGUCACAGGGGUGCUUGCACUAUGCUACUACAAUAACUCCUGUUAGUAAUAAUGAUAAUGAGAAUACAAUCCUACCUUUGGAGGAGGAGAUAGCACUCUGGUGCCUUGAGAAUCACGACAGUAAAGAAUGGGUCCUGAAGGAUAGUCUCAGCAUACAUAAGCAGUUCAUUGAUAACCCGUUGAGCAUAGACGACCCGGAGUCAGAUUAUCAUACAGUUGGGAUUCAUCCAGAUUGUGAUACCCUUUUCUUGGUUCCAAAGAGAGGUGCUUCAUUGGCGUCUUACGAUAUGCGACAUCAGAUUUUUUGUAAUAUCCUUGAUCUUGAGAAAGGCUGUCUGUCGAGACAUCUACCUUAUGUUCCUCUGUUCUCAGAGUCAUUAGCAGAUGCAGAUGGCCAGUAGUGUUGUCUUCAAACUACCCUUGUGGUUACUCAAGAUUGGGCUCUUUUGUAGACUAAAUGACUUUCUGUGCACUUAGUAAUCUAUUUGAAUAAUGUCUUUCAAUUUGCUGGUGCUCAAAACCUCCUAGCUUGAUUUUCAGUUUGGAGUAAUUUCUGGUAAUCCUUCAGAUUUAGCUUAUGGGUUUGGACACAAAUUUGUUCAGUGGGAACCUUCUUGCCUAUUAAUGAUUAUGAUUGCCCUAAAUUAUAA